CCACAACGGGGUGAUUGCCGUCUUCCAGCGCAAAGGGCUGCCCGACCAGGAGCUCUUCAGUCUCAACGAGGGUGUCCGGCAGCUGCUGAAGACGGAGCUGGGGUCCUUCUUCACCGAGUACCUGCAGAACCAGCUGCUGACAAAAGGCAUGGUGAUCCUUCGGGACAAGAUCCGCUUCUAUGAGGGACAGAAGCUGCUGGACUCGCUGGCGGAGACGUGGGACUUCUUUUUCAGUGACGUGUUGCCUAUGCUCCAGGCCAUCUUCUACCCCGUACAGGGCAAGGAGCCUUCGGUGCGCCAGCUGGCCCUGCUGCACUUCCGGAACACCAUCACACUCAGCGUGAAGCUGGAAGAUGCACUGGCCCGCACCCAUGCCCGCGUGCCACCUGCCAUUGUACAGAUGCUGCUGGUGCUGCAGGGGGUGCACGAGUCCAGGGGCGUGACCGAGGACUACCUGCGGCUGGAGGCACUGGUCCAAAAGGUGGUGUCACCCUACCUGGGCACCUACGGCCUCUAUUCCAGCGAGGGUUCCUUCACACACGCCUGCAUCCUGGAGAAGCGCCUUCUGCGCCGUUCGCGCUCAGGGGACGUCCUGGCCAAGAACCCCGUGGUGCGUUCCAAGAGCUACAACACGCCGCUGCUGAACCCCGUGGCCGAGCACGAGGCCGAGGGGGCGGCGGGCAGCAGCGCGGGCAUCCGCAGGCACUCCGUCUCUGAGAUGACGUCCUGUCCCGAGCCCCAGGGCUUUGCCGACGCAGCCCCCUACUCGGGGCCCUGCCCCAGCAGACUGUACCCCCCGGCCCAGGCUGCCGAGCAGGGCCUGGACCCCACCCACAGCUCCCCUCCCACCUCCAGCCCCGAGAACCUGGUGGACCAGAUCCUGGAGUCCGCGGACUCGGACUCCGAGGGGAUCUUCAUUGACUUCAGCCGGGGCGGCGCCUCUGGCAAGUUUGAGGGGGCCGGGGGCCGGCAGAGCGUCAUGUGA